UGUGCCGCGCAGACGUAGCCGGUGCGUGUUGUGCGGUGGUUGUAUGCUAGCUGCGUGUAGCAUGUGCGUGUAAACUUUGCGUGAAACAUUUUUGUGUGUUUUUGUUUUAUUGGAGAUCGAUCCGCGUGGGACCGAGCGGCAUCAUGAGCACGCUGUGGAUGGGAAACCUGGAGCCCUACAUGGACGAGAAGUUCAUCAUCAGGGCGUUUGCGACGAUGGGCGAGACUGUGGUCAACGUACGCAUCAUCCGCCACAAGAUGACCGGGGGAGCUCUGGGGUACUGUUUUGUGGAGAUGACGGACGAGGGCACAGCCGAGAGGUGUCUGCGCAAGAUCAAUGGAAAACCCCUCCCCGGAGCCAACCCGCCAACAAGGUUUAAGUUGAACAGAGCCACUUUCGGAAAGCAAGACACCGGGCCCAUGUUCUCUCUGUUUGUGGGAGAUCUGACCCCAGAGGUGGACGAUGGGAUGUUGUACGAGUUCUUCUAUAAUCGUUACCCCCAGUGCAGAGGAGGGAAGGUGGUGCUGGACCAUCUGGGAAACUCCAAGGGCUGUGGGUUCGUGCAGUUCCCAGACGAGCGGCUGCAGAAGCGGGCGCUGGACGAGUGUCAGGGGGCCGUGGGUCUGGGGGGUAAACCUCUCAGACUGAGCCUCGCUGCAAACAAUUUAAAGAACAAACCCCAGACCACCUCCACCACCCAGAGCGACACCAAAACCUGGAGCACCUCCACCUACAGCCAGGGCUACGACCCCUACGGCCAGUACAGCACCUACGGCUACGGAUACCCCGCCUCCUCCUGGAACUACGACCAGAACGCCUUCGGAUACUACCCCGGAUACGACUACUCGCAGUACAUGGCCAUGCAGGAGGGAGAGACGGCCGAGGAGGAGGCCGCUGUCCCAGAGGAUGACGGGACUGAAGAUCCAAACCCGGCUCUGGACAUCGAUGAGGAGAACCGCACGUGUAUGGAGCAGAGUGAGGAGCUGUACGACGCUCUGGUCCAAACGCACUGGGUCCCAGAAGAAUUCCAGCAGGAACAGGACUAUCUGCUGUCGCUGGUGCCCGAGCCCAUCACAGCCUGAGCACACGCAGGACUGCUCUGUGGACUGAAGGGGGCGCCAGAGGGAGACCGGACUGAGGGACUGGACUAAGGGACUGGACUAAGGGACUGGACUGAGAGACCAGACUGAGACCAGACUUGAGACCACCUCUAUGGACUGAAGGGGGCGCCAGAGGGGAUUCCAGACUGAACGACCUGACCAGCCUUGAGACCUUGAGAGACCGGCCUUGAGAGACCAACUCAGUGGACUGUAGGGAGGGCUAGACUGAGACCGGCCUUGAGAGACCGGCCUUGAGAGACCGGCCUUGAGAGACCGGCCUUGAGAGACCGGCCUUGAGAGACCGGCCUUGAGAGACCGGCCUUGAGAGACCGGCCUUGAGAGACCGGACUUGAGAGACCGGACUUGAGAGACCGGACUUGAGAGACCGGACUUGAGAGACUGGACUUGAGUUGAGAUUCGCUCUGUGGAUUGUAGGGGAGGCCAGAUUUGAGACCAGACCAGACUUUUCAGACCAGACUUUUCAGACCGGACUUUUCAGACCGGACUUUUCAGACGACUUUUCAGACCAGACUUUUCAGACCAGACUUUUCAGACCAGACUUUUCAGACACCAGACUUGAGAGACACCAGACUUGAGAGACACCAGACUUGAGAGACACCAGACUUGAGAGACACCAGACUUGAGAGACACCAGACUUGAGAGACCCAGACUUGAGAGACCCAGACUUGAGAGACACCAGACUUGAGAGACACCAGACUUGAGAGACACCAGACUUGAGAGACUUGAGAGACCAGACUUGAGAGACACCAGACUUGAGAGACACCAGACUUGAGAGACACCAGACUUGAGAGACCAGACUUGAGAGACCAGACUUGAGAGACCAGACUUGAGAGACCAGACUUGAGAGACCAGAGCCAAAGGGAGGGGGUUCUAGUUUUGUAUCCACAUGUAAAUAAACUGCUUUUUAUAAACGACCUGCUUAAAGUGCACAUGACAGGAUAUAAUACACUUUUCUUUAAUAUAGUUCCUUUCAAAUAGACAUUUAAACUGUUUAUAAAUCGUUCCUGCAUUUUGGACGGAACCUGGAUUUUUUUCUAUGUUUAUUUUGCCACUCCUCGUCACAAACUGCUAUUUAACCGAUUAAGAAAAACUUGAAAAACUGUCAUAUCCACUUUAAGCUAUUGUUUAAUAUUUUUGUUGGUAAAUAGUGUAGAUUUUUUGACGGGCGCCUCUGGCAAAGAACUUAUUUUUAAUCAAAGGAGACGCUUCGAGUUGUAGAUUUCAAGUUUCUCUUCGAGUGUCAAAACGACUUCUCUGACCUGAACUAUUUUCUGUACAUGUACAAUUUUGCAUUCCCAAUGUGCUCAAAUGUAAAAAUACUUUGAUAUUAAAGGAUCAGUCAAUGCUACUGAAAAUUACAGCA